AAAAAAAUCCAUAGAUGCUGUUAUUUGUCUUUUUCGUGUGCUUAAUAUUACCAACAGUAAUAUCAACCGAGAACCGUGAAAUUUAUGGCGAUGACGGCAGUCCGGUUUUGCGGUCAGAAGAACUGUCGUCCUGGCCGAAAGGCACACCGAGUCCGCAUGACGACGACGAAGAAGAAGGAGAGGAAGCGAGCGAAGAGGUCGUCGUGGAGAACGAUGAGGACGAGCACAACGCAUCCCCGCCCGAACUCCGGGGAAAAGCGCGCGGGCUUAUUGUGGAGAGCAACAAAGACGCGUCAUAUCUGGUUUGGAGCGUUUGGGGCCCGUGGAGUCGUUGUUCGAAGAGUUGCGGGUAUGGUUUGCGUCGGCGGGUGCGCAAGUGCGUUAAUGGGCUGUGCAAGGAAGGAUACAAGACGGAUCAGGUGGAACGCUGCUUUACCGCCAAAUGCCUGCAUUAAAGAUUCCCGUACACUGUACUUCAAACGUUCCAUUUAAUAGGAAUAUGUGAAUUGUAAAUUGAUCGAUUCCGUCAACAGCCAACUACUGAUCGAUGUCAUGCGGAAAAUAUAUUGAUAGACCGAAAUUGCACUGUCAGCAUAAUUAAUUUUCCAAGCCAUUCUGUUGUUGGCUUGUAGCUCCCGA